AUGUUAUCAGGAAAGGUGGCGCUUGUUACUGGAUCGACCAGUGGUAUCGGGUUUGGAAUUGCGAGGCAGCUGGCGGCAGCUGGUGCCGACAUUCUCCUCAACGGAAAAGAAUCUUCCCUGAGGGACGCGAGUUUGUUGGAAAACUUGGAAAAGUACGGGCGACGUGUUCGCUACUUUGGUGCGGAUAACAGGUGCAGACCGGCCCUCGAGGAUAUGGUGAAGUAUGCAGAGGACGAGCUUGGCAAAGUGGAUAUUCUGGUUAAUAACGCGGGGAUACAGCAUGUCGCAUCCGUGACUACACUCCCAGCGGAGAAAUGGAAUGAUGUCAUCUCUAUAAACCUUAGUGCAUCUUUCCACACCAUACAACUUUGCCUACCGCGCAUGCAACAACGGGGUUGGGGCCGGAUAAUCAACAUUUCUUCCGUCCAUGGCAUAGUUGGUUCGGCUAAUAAAGCGGCGUACUGCGCUGCCAAGCAUGGGUUACUCGGUCUUACUAAAGCAGUUGCACUAGAGGUCGCGACAACAGGCGUCACUUGCAACGCCGUGUGCCCCGGCUAUGUUCGCACACCUUUAGUUGAGGUGCAAGUGAAGGCCAUCGCCGAUGCAAAGUUUAAUGGAGAUAUUGAAGCCGCGAAAGUUGAGCUUCUGCGGGAAAAGCAACCUUCAAAGAGCUUCAUAACAGUUGAACAGGUUGGGGAUGUUGUACUGUGGCUCGCGAAUCCGUCUUCCAGUCAAAUCAACGGCUCAAACAUUACAGUGGACGGUGGCUGGACAGCACAGUAG